UAUAAACAUACCUGUGUAUAUGCCUAUGAAAAUCUUCAAGGAAGGUUUACACAUUAAAAUUUGGACCCUGGUAACCUAUUCUGUUGUUAAGGUAGUUGAUAAUUUAUUCAGUGUUGAAGAGGAAAUUUUGAUGGAAAGUCAAAUGAAGAAUCAGGCCCCAACUGAGAUUGUUAAAUUUCUGGAACAACAACUGAGUCAGGUGGAGCUAGAUGAUGAUGGCGUCUAUAACGCAAGUACCCCUAAUCUUGCGGUACAGGUUCAGAAGGUCGAUACAAGCCGAAUAAGUGAAGAGAAUAUCACUUACUUUAGUUUUGUUUCCAAAUCAAGUGAGACUAGUGUAGGCCCUGUUGAAGAAAUCCAUGAUAGUGAGAAAAUACCUGAUGCGGCUAAUGUGUCAAUUGCUGUGCCAAGAAAUAUAUCUACCGUCAUCGAAAAAAACAACUUGAGAG